AUGCUGGCGCUGCUGCUGCCGCUGUGGCUGUGCGCGGCGGGCGGCGGCGCGGCGCCGGUGUAUAACCUCAGCCUGGCAGUGGACGAGGGGCUGCCGGCGGAGACGCUGGUGGGCGACAUCCGCGCGGGGCUGCCGGCAGGCGCGGACUCACCGGGGGGCUUCCUGCUGUCGGAGGGGAGCGGAGAGUCGGCGGUGCUGGCGGACUUCCACAUCCAGCCGGAGACGGGCAUCAUCCGCACGGCGCGGCGGCUGGACCGGGAGCGGCGGGCGCGCUACAGCUUCGCGGCGGCCACGCUGCGCGGCGAGGUGGUGCAGGUGGAGAUCGCUGUCACCGACGUGAACGACCACCCGCCACGCUUCCCGAAGGACAGUCUGCAGCUCAACAUCUCCGAGCUCAGCCCGCCCGGCACCGCUUUCCGCCUGCCGGCUGCCCGCGACCCCGACGCCGGCCGUUUCGGCACGCAGGGCUACGCGCUGCUGGAGGAGGGCGGCGCGGCGGGGGAGCCGCCGCUCUUCCAGCUGCGCUAUGUGCGGCCGGAGCCGCUGGAGCUGGUGCUGCUGCGGCGGCUGGACCGAGAACGGGCCGACGUCCACCGGCUGGUGGUGGAGGCGUGGGACGGCGGCAGCCCGCGGCGACGGGGCCGCCUGCGGGUGUCCGUGCGGGUGCUGGACGAGAACGACAACGCGCCCGCAUUCAGCCGCGGCGAGUACCGGGCGCGGCUGCGGGAGGACGCGCCGCCGGGCACCGCCGUCUGCCGCCUGCGAGCCACCGACCCCGACCUCGGCGCCAACGGCGAGGUACGAUACGCCAUCAAUCGCCGGCAGAGCGACCCCGACGGCUACUUCGCGGUGGAGGAGCGCAGCGGCGUCCUGCGCCUCCGCCGCCCGCUGGACCGCGAGGCGCGGGCCCUGCACCGCCUGGUCGUGGAGGCGCGGGACGGCGGCUCCCAGCCCGAAGUCUCCAGCGUCCUCGUCUCCGUGGCCGUGCUGGACGUCAACGACAACCGGCCCUCCAUCCGUCUGCUCUACCUCACCGAGACAGGCGGCCCGCGGGUCUCCGAAGGGGCACGACCCGGCGACUACGUGGCCCGAGUCUCCGUCUCGGACGCCGACGAGGGCGGCGAAGCGGAGAGCGCGGAGGGCGACGGCGGCAUUGCGCUGGCCCUGCUGGGCGGCGACGGCGCCUUCGCGUUGCAGGCGGCCGGGGCCGGCGUCUUCUUCCUCUGCGUGGCGGGGCCGCUGGACCGGGAGAACCGCGACCUGUACGAGCUGCGGCUGGUGGCCACGGACGGCGGCACGCCGCCGCUCUCCUCCGAGGAGCCGCUGCUGCUGCGCGUCGCCGACCUCAACGACGAGACGCCCGCGUUCCCGCAGCCCCACUACCGCGCCGCCGUCUCGGAGGCCGCCUCCCCCGGCACCGCCGUGCUCCGCCUCACCGCCUCCGACGCCGACGAGCCGGGCUCGCCCAACGCCGAGGUGCGGUACGCGCUGGAGGGCGACGCGGCCGCCCUGGCCCUGCUGCGCAUCGACGCGCGGAGCGGCGCCGUCAGCACGCGCGCGCGCCUGGACCGGGAGCGGCAGGCGGCGCUGGAGCUGCGCGUGGUGGCGCGGGACGGCGGCGUCCCGCCGCGCGCCGCCGCGUGCCGCCUCAGCGUGCGCGUGGAGGACGCCAACGACAACGAGCCGCGCUUCGAGCGCGCCGUGUACCGCGCGCGCCUGCGCGAGCACGCCGCGCGCGGCCGCCGCCUCCUCCAGGUCAAAGCAACAGAUGCAGAUGCUGACCAGUUUGGAGAAAUUGAGUAUUCUCUUUAUGAUGGAUUUAAUUUUUAUGAAAAAUCCAAAGCUUUCCAGAUUGACCCACACACUGGGCAGAUCUUUGUGUCUCAAGACAUUGACAGAGAAGGAGAUCCAACCACUUAUGAUCUCUUAGUAAAAGCUACAGAUGGGGGUGGUCUGAGUGCCCAAGCUUUUGUUCGCAUUGAGAUAGAAGAUAUUAAUGACAAUCAACCCAUCUUUGAACAAGACAUCUAUGUGACAAGUAUCAGCAGUCACACACAGCCAGGAACAGAAAUCAUCAAUGUUGUUGCCACAGACAGAGAUUCAGGAGUGUUUGGUGUUGUCACAUACGAACUGGUCCCAGGAGAAUUUUCUUCUUUUUUCACAGUGGAUACAUCCACAGGAAUUAUUUACCUUACCUCAGCUCUUGGCCACCUGACACGUUCUGCAAUCCUCCUGACUGUUUCUGCACGGGAUGGGGGUGGCCUUCCCUCUGCCAGCAAUGCAGCUGUCACAGUAAACAUCCUUCAGACUGUUUUGGUUCCUGCCACAUUUGAGAGGUCUCGGUAUAGCUUUUCUGUUCCAGAAGAUGCACCUGAAGACAGCGUGAUUGGCACCGUGAAGGCCAGAGAGCCUACAAAUUCGUUAGAGGUGGUUUCUUAUAGAAUUUGCUCUGGUGAUCCUCAUGGAAAGUUCUCUAUCGACCCCCAGGUUGGCAUUAUCCGCACCAAGAAACAGCUUGACCACGAAGCUCAGCCUGUUGUGGUGCUCACUGUUCAGUCACAGCUGGGUAAUUCCCCUGUCUACAGCAGCACUCAAGUCAACAUAUCUGUGACAGACAUUAAUGACAACCCCCCAGUAUUUCCUACCAAAUCUGAUAAAGUAAGCAUCUCACAUACCCAGCCUCCUGGCACUGCUGUCUACAUUGCUCACGCAGAAGACAAAGACAGUGGCCUAAACGGGGCAAUCAAAUACAGUAUUGCAAGCAAGCAGUCAGAUGCAUUUAGCAUUGAUCCAAGUCUUGGAGUGGUAAACCUUACCAGGACAGUGUUUGCAGAAAAGCAGCAGGAAUAUACUCUACACAUAGCAGCCGAAGACUGUGGAAGUCCUCCUCUGACUUCUUUGCUGGUGUUGACAGUGGUUAUUGAAGAGCAGAAGAUGGGCCCUACUUUGGUUUUCCAAAGCUUGGUAUAUCAAGUAGAAAUCAGUGAAGCUACCUCUCCAGGUGCCCAGAUCCUUCAGGUUCAAGCCCACUCACUUGAUCCACACAGCAUUACUUCCAAUCUGACGUAUUCCUUAGAGCCUAGCACUGAUUCUGUUGCAUUUGGAAUCAGCUCUGAUACUGGCUGGAUUUAUCUUCGGAAACGCUUGAACUAUGAAUGUGCACAAAUGCUGAGUUUUAGAGCCUUGGUCAGCACAUCUCAGGAUGAAAACCUUAGGCAAAAUGCAAGUACAUCUAUAAUAGUUAAUGUCCUGGAUGAAAAUGAUCAUUCUCCCAUGUUUAUGCGUGAGAGCUACUUCUUUGAAAUUGAGGAAAAUCCAAUUCCCAGUGGUGUGGUUGGCACCAUUACAGCCAUUGACAAAGACUCAGGAAGAAAUGGACAGCUUUCCUAUUUCCUCUUGUCUGAUGGAAAAUAUUUCAAGAUUAAUUCCAACACAGGUGAAAUCAUAAACUGGGCGGCGCUGGACCGGGAGGAGCGGGCGCACCACGAGCUGCGGGUGCUGGUGACGGACGCGGGCCGGCCCCGGCGCAGCGCCACGGCCGCCGUGCGCAUCUCCGUGCGCGACCGCAACGACCACGCGCCGCGCUUCCCGCAGGGGGCGCUGCGCCGCCAGGUGCGCCGGGAACCGCGCGGGCAGCGCCGCCCCGCGGCCAAACCGCCAACUGCGGGGCUUCCCAGAGCCGCCGGCUCUCGGGGACAGCGCCAGCCUAGUGCUGCUCGCUUCAUUUCCCACCUCCGAGCUGUUUUGGAAGGGCAGCCAUCAGGGACGCUUGUUACCACCAUCUUUGCAAAAGACUUGGAUUCUGGAAACAACGGUGUUGUAUUAUAUUCAGUAGAAUCAGAAGGGGAUAUAGGAUACUUUCAGAUUGAUGCUGUCAGUGGAGAGUUAAGAACAACCCAGCCUCUGUCACAUGCUGAGAAAUCCGACUACAGAAUGACAGUCACAGCCAAGGACCAGGGGAUGCCUUCGCUUCAAGGACGUGCUGCUAUUUACAUCCAGGUGAUCCCACUUCCCAGUGGGAAAUCUGGCUUCUCUCAAGACUUCAAGCACUUGGUCAUACCUGAAAAUUUUAAACCUGCACAAGUUUUGGAUUCUCUGAAGGUACCGGGUAACCAUCUGGCACUUAACAGGAAACUGCAUUUCAGUAUUGCUAAAGAAGAUAAUGUUCAUUUUGAAAUAGACAGCUUGACAGGAGACCUUUAUCUUUCUAAGGAGCUUGACUAUGAAACAGAUUCACACUUUCUUUUGCAAGUUAUUAUAAAGGAUUAUAAUAAUCCCCCCCAAAAUAGCACUGUUCUCCUAAGUAUUGAUGUGGAAGAUAAGAAUGAUCAUUCUCCAUAUUUUCAAGAUGACUUUGUAGUGAUUGGCAUAGAAGAAAAUGUACCUGUUGGCACUCUGGUUUACACAUUUAAUGCAAAGGAUGGAGAUGGCAGUUUUCUGAACAGCAAAAUAGAGUACUCCUUAGAAAUUAGUGACGUGGGUGAAAAUCCAUUUCUUAUUCACCCUUUGUAUGGCACCUUGACCACAGCUUCUUCACUAGACAGGGAGACUACUCAUUCUGUGAUCUUAACGGUGUUUGCAGAAGACCAGGCAAUAAAUUUGACUGAUCGCCGGCUGGAUUCCCUGGCUGUGAAAAUUGUUAUUUUAGAUAUCAAUGACAACAGUCCCAGUUUUAUGUCUUCGCCUGUUUCCUAUGUCCUGGAGGAUGUGGACGUGGGCUUCCUUGUACACCACAUAAUUGCAAAGGAUCCAGAUGAAGGAAGAAAUGGACAAGUAACGUAUCACAUUCUUUCAGGCAAUGAAAACAAAGCAUUUGUACUGGAUAAAAUCACAGGACUCUUAACUACAGCCCAGUUUCUAGACCAUGAGGUUCAGGAGCGCUACAGUUUGACACUCAUAGCUCUUGAUGAUGGCAGCCCAGCUCUCUCUGCCACACAAGUUCUAACCGUCAUCGUUCUUGAUGUGAAUGAUGAGACCCCAAUAUUUCUGAAGCAACUUUAUGAGACUGCUGUUCAUGAAAACCGUGAUCCAGGGGAGUUUGUGAUAAGAGUGGAGGCUGUGGACCAAGAUGCAGGGUUGAAUUCCUUGCUUCACUAUGAAAUCUUACCAGGAGCUGGUUAUGAGAAAUUCAAGAUGAACUCGGUCAGUGGAGAACUUGUAACAGCUGCAUCACUGGACAGGGAAACUCAGGAGGUUUUCAGUAUUAAAGUUUUGGUUCGGGACAGUGGAACCCCGUCGCUGUCAAACACAGUGACAGUAAUCUGCACAGUACUGGAUGAAAAUGAUCACUCUCCCACAUUUCUUCUUCCUCCCUCUGAGAUCUUUAUUCCAGAGAAUCAACAGCCUUCUGUUGUUUACAUUAUCCGGGCUGUAGAUAUGGAUGCUGGCAAUAAUGGAGCUCUAAGAUAUAAAAUAAUUGGUGGAAAUGUUGGAGAGUACUUCACAGUGAAUAACACAUCGGGAAAGCUGCUGUUCACUCGUAGCUUAGACAGAGAAGAUAUCAGCAAUUUCACUCUUGUGAUUGAGUGCCAUGACCUAGGCAGUCCCUCAAGAAGCUCCACUGCACAGCUCUAUCUGACAGUAUUGGAUGAAAAUGACCACAGCCCAUUGUUUGCAAAGACCCGGUAUCAAAUCUCUGUGUCAGAAGACCUGGAGGAAGGCUCAGCCAUCCUGGACCUCUCUGCUUCUGAUGAAGAUGCUGGCCUAAAUGGUGAAGUUAUGUACUCCCUCAUUGAUGACACCUAUGGAGCAUUUGCGAUUGACAGUGUCACAGGAUCCAUCGUUACUACAAAGGCACUGGACCGGGAGACCAAGUCCCAGUACACAUUUAGGGCUGUGGCAAGUGACUGUAGCAUCCAUUUUCCAAGGAGCACCACUGUCAGUGUUGUAGUGCAUGUUGAUGAUGUCAAUGACAACGAUCCCAUUUUUUUGCAGAAUCCUGUCAGGGUCUUUGUUCCUGCUGAAACUGCUGUGAAUGAGACAGUAGCCACUGUGAGAGCAGAGGAUGUGGAUCUGGGAUCAAAUGGAGCUAUUGUUUUUAAUUUGAUGAUGGCAGAAACUGCAUUUCAGAUCAAUAUGAAGACAGGUGACGUCAUUCUUUGGGAGCCCUUGGCUACCAAGGACUUCAGUACCCAGCUGCUAGUGACAGCUUCAGAUCAAGGCAUCACACCUCGAACAGCUACAGCUGUGCUCAUUAUCUUAACAGAAGAGCAAGAGGAGGUGAUCUCAUUCAGCCGCAGCCUGUACGAAGCAAGUGUGCCUGAGAACAGUGCAGCAGGUACAUCACUUCUAACAGUAGAAGUUUAUGAACACAAAUUUACAGGAGAAGACAUAAAAUACAGCAUCUUCGGUGAUCAGGAAAUAUUCUCCAUUUGUAAAAAAACAGGCACAAUCACAGUAAAAGAGCCAAAGUACCUUGAUUAUGAAGUUAAGCAUAAAAUACAUCUUACAGUUGUGGCUGAAAAUAGCUUCAAUACAGUGUACUGUGGAGUGACAGUUUUGAUUCAAGAUGUGAACGACAAUCCACCUAAAUUUGAGCAAAGCUAUUACAAAGCAUCGGUAUGGGAAGGCCAGAGUCCUAAAAGAGACAUCAUACAGGUAUUUGCAACUGACCUUGACAGUGGGCUGAAUGGAGAAACUGAAUUCUCAAUUUUAUCUGGAAAUGAAAAUGCAACAUUUCUAAUUGAUUCAGCACGAGGAAUUCUAGCAACUAAUACAGGCCUAGAUUUUGAAAACGCUCCAUCUUACAGGUUGGUUGUACAAGCUGCUGAUAAAGGAAACCCCAGGCUCUCUGCUACAAGUAUUGUGAGGAUACAAGUGUUAGAUGUUAAUGACAACGCUCCAGUUGUCCAACCACUAGGUGAAGUGAAGGUCCCAGAAAAUGCCCUGCCUGGUUUUAUAGUGACUCAAGUGUCAGCAAGUGAUGCAGACUCCAGGCCAGCACUUCAGUUUGGUUUUAUUUACGAUACUAGUCCUGAAAUGAAAUUUUCCAUCGAUCAGCACACUGGUGUCAUUAUAGUGGUGGAACCAUUAGAUUUUGAAGAAACUGCUGUGUAUACAUUGCAUAUCAUAGUUUCAGAUUCUGUGCAUCAAACAGAAGCAGAACUCACCAUCCUUGUUUUGGAUAUCAAUGAUAACCCUCCGGUGUUUACUCAAGAUUUUUAUCAGGUGAAUUUGCCAGAGCUCAUUUCUGUGGAUGCCACUGUUCUGACACUCUCUGCCAUAGAUAGGGAUUCUGAACAUAAUGGAAUGAUUUCCUACAAAAUCCUCUCUUCCUCUGAGGGAUUUUCCAUUGAUCACAAGAAUGGUUCACUGUUUACCACGGAACCAGUUACGCAGCUGAAAAAUAUUUCCGUUAUUCGUCUCCUGAUAGAGGCCAUGGAUGGCGGCAGUCCCCCUCUGAGUGCAGUUACCUCCAUAGAGGUGCAUGUAGAAGAUGUCAAUAACUGUGUCCCUCGCUUCACAGAGGUCCUGUACAAUCUCAGUGUGAGUGAGGAUGCCUCCGCUGGAGAAACUGUCCUCCUGUUCUCAGCCAUCAACUGUGAUUGGAUGCAUGAAAACACGCUUGUUGAAUACUCUAUUAUUGGUGGCAAUGCUGAGAAUUUAUUCUCCAUAGAAACAAGUGUCAUGGGGUCAGAAAUAUCCUACAAACUUGCCAGCAGUCUUGUUUUGAGCAAUGCUCUUGACAGGGAAACAGCUGCUUCUCACCAGUUGGUUCUCCUUGCCUCUGAUCGUGGAACGCCCUCUUUGAAUUCAACUGCUACAGUGCUGAUAACUGUGCUGGAUGUUAAUGAUAAUCCUCCAGUGUUUAGCAGCCCAGAGUAUCAUGUUCAUGUCAAAGAAAGCAUCCCCAUAGGUAGUCACAUCACUGAAGUUUCAGCAAGAGACUGUGAUGCAGGCACUAAUGCAGAGAUCACUUAUGCUAUCAUCUCUGGAAAUGACAGAGGGCAUUUUUGCUUGGAUGGUAGAACUGGAUCUGUAAAUUUGACGAAAAUGCUGGAUUAUGAAGAUACCAUGAAAUUCACUUUGGUUAUCCAAGCCACAGAUGGAGGAACUGAUGUAAAAAAUAUGGCUUUUGCUGUUGUUCUUGUUAGUGUCCUAGAUGACAAUGAUUAUGCCCCGCUUUUUUUGUUUCCCAGUCUGAGCUGCACUGUCAGUGAAAAUCUGCCUACCUUUUCUUUUGUGUGUGCUGUUUGUGCAUUGGAUUUUGAUAAAGGCUCCUAUGGGCACCUUACCUACUCCAUUCAGUCUUCAUGUUUGGCUCAUCGUGGAGCUGCUAGAGACCAUGACAUGUUCUUCAUUGAUCCUUUAACAGGAGAUAUUCAUACAAAGCAAAUGUUUGACUAUGAAAGUCAAAAUAGCUACUGUCUCAUAAUUCAAGCAAAAGACAAAGGUGAUUCACUGGCUACUGCUACAGUUCAGGUAGAUAUUGAGGGGAGGGAUGAAUUUGACCCAGUGUUUACACAGGAACAUUAUUUCCUUAAUCUCCCUGAGAAGAAUGAAGCAGGUCAGUUGAUUGGCAGAGUGACAGCAUCAGAUAGUGAUGGUGGAGUAGAUGGAGUUGUUCAUUAUUCCCUUUUAAAACCUUCUCCGUUCUUUUCUGUGGAUGAAACCAAUGGCAAUAUUUAUUUGACUCAGACUGUUCACAGAUGGAAAAAUGGCAUCAAAAGGAAUGAUGAUACUGUGAAACUGUUGGUAAGAGCUCAUAGCCCCAAAAUUGUGUCAAGGUUCACAGUAUGCACUGUUUUUGUAAAUGUUUCCAAUUCUCCUGAUAGUGAUCCCACAGUGUCAGCACACAGCCUGACAGUGAGUGUUUCCAUCUCACUGAUGGUGUUCCUGCUGCUUGCCAUCAGUCUUAUCACACUUACUCUGAGACUUAAGCAGAAAGAUCUGAUGAAUGCUUGUGUGAAAAAAAACCCAGUAUCCUCCUCAGCUGCUGAUGUGAAUUCAAUAAGAGAAGACAAGGACUGCCAGAAAAUCCAAAGUACUGAGAGCAGUAUGCUUCCCAUGGGUGCUAUAGCAAAAUGGCUGAGCUUAGCAGGACUUGGAGAGGGGAAGGAUGAUGAUGUCUUCUGCAGGCAUUCAGACUCCAGUGGCCAUGGUUCUGCUGAAGGAGAGACUGCAGAGGAUGAGGAAAUCAAACGGAUCUAUGAGUAUCCUUGCAGAAAAAGCAUUGGCUCAGCACUGAGCGAGCAUGGCUCGCAGAUGCCAGAUUCGGGGAUCCCAAGAGAGUCUGAUCAGUUCUCCUAUCAGUCUGGAGAGACAGAUGUCACAGCUACCAUGCAAAGCAUGGAGAAUGUGCAGACCAUUAAAGGAGAAAGCAGAGAAGAAGCCUGUGACACAGCUUAUACACAUAAAAUUUUGUCUCAAACACUUAGGAAAAUUGGAAUAAAAGAAGAAGUCAUAAUGACAGACCUCACAAGAGACUAUGUCCUGAUGUCAAAUAGGGAAGACUCUGGGCAUGAUUUGCUUGCAACUGUUGGCACCUCUGAUAAGGAUCUCAGAGGUGGUUAUAACUGGGAUUAUGUGCUCUGCUGUGAACCCAGAUUUCAAUCUCUUGCCUCAGUGUUUGAUGAUAUUGCAGAACUGAAAGAUGAAAAUGUUCACAUUCACAGCUUCUCUAAGGAGAGGAAAUCUCUUGUUUUCCCUCCUCCCUUGAUAACGUCAGUAGCACAGCCUGGCAUAAGGACAGUGCCACCAAGAAUGCCAAAUAUAACAUCAGAGCAAGCUUUUAAUAAAUACCCUUAUCCUCCUAUUAUCCAUAAUCAUGAAUACCCUCCAGCAGCCAUGACCCCUAAGUUUUCUCCUACUCUCUCUUUGCUUACCAUGCAGACAACUUCUGCUUCUCCAGUAGUGUCUGAUGGGAAAAUGAUAGGAACAUGUCUUAUUGAUCCAAGCUAUGAACUUGCAACAGAGGAAGAAAUUCAGGUCUAGGUUAUUAACUGACAGUAUUUUAUGGUAAAAAUAUGGCUUAGAAUGUAUUUUGUUACUUUUUAACAGCAAAAUAUGCCUGUUAGAGCUGUAUCACCAGUAUUCUGUUUUCAUGAGCCUAAAAAGUUAAAAUAUAAAACAGCCAGAAAUUUG